AUGUCAGGUUUCGUUAACUACGACUUAGACUACAUGCGACAGAACGGUGGUACGCCGAGGCGUCCCAUACCGUGCGAUUCUUGCAAGAGGGCCCGUCGUAAAUGCGAUCGCCCACAGACUAUGCCGCUUCCUCCCUGCGCAUAUUGCAAUUCGCGUGGACAGAGCUGCGUGACGUCCCAGAUUCAGCACCCGCUUCAGAACUGA